UCAUUACAUGAAUUAUAACUUCCGGUAAAAAGUGCACCAACUUUUUUCUUGCAAUAUUUGCGUUGUAUCUCAACAAAGACAUCAUUAUGAGCUCCUAUCAACUUUACCGAAAUACAACUUUAGGUCAUACAUUGCAGGAAAGUCUAGAUGAACUCAUUCAGUUGGGCCAGAUUACUCCACAGCUUGCUCUUAAAGUCCUUCUGCAGUUUGAUAAAGCAAUCAACUUGGCACUAGCAAGUAGAGUUAAAAAUAGAAUCACAUUCAAGGGCAAGUUAAAUACCUACAGAUUUUGUGAUAAUGUAUGGACAUUUGUGUUGAAUAAUGCGGAAUUUAAAGAUGUACAAGAACUAGCCAAAGUUGACAAGGUGAAAAUAGUGGCAUGUGAUGGAAAAGGUGCAGAAAAAUGAUCAGACAAAGAUGCUAUUUGGCCUUGGAUUUAUAUGGUCUCAGAAAACAAGACUUUUUGCUCAUCUGCAGGUGGAUGAACAGUAAAGCCAUACAACAGGGGGGGUUUAUAUCAUGUUUUACAGGUAGAACUUCUGUGUCAUUCUUGGAUCAGUUAUUUGAUGUUGGAACAGUUCUGGAAGGAAAGUUUACCACUGUGUUUUGAAUCCCGGGUUGUAAAGACUGAUUUCUUUAUAACAGAUAGGAAGAUUGGAAAAUUGUUAAACUGUUUUGUCUUUCUUUAUUAUUAUUAUAUACCUUAACUUAGUAUUAACCAGUCAUUAGAUGGUUUACUGUAAAAAAUAUUUCUUGUCUUAGUUGAUUUAUACCCCAAUUACAUAUGGUGUGCUCUAUGUGAGAAAUACCUGAAAAUUUCAGUGAAAUAGAUAUUUCAUUGCCAAACUGUUUUUAUUGAUGUGAUUUGGACAACUCAGACAGGAAAUUUCUAUUGGUCUAGAUCUGGUUUUUUUAUGUUGACAUAUUAUUUGGCACCAUACAGGCGCCAAGAAAGAGCGGCUACAUUUGAUCUACUAGUACUACUUCAUGUAAAAGACAUUUCUGAAUCAAAAUAAUAUAGAAUGGAAUGAUUUUAUACUUAAUUCAUACAAACUGUGUUGGUUAUUACUAACGAAAAAUAAGUCAUUAGACGUCUGCGCAUCCCUAAGUUACCCGUGGGAUGUGUUACUUCGCGUUUUAUGCACUGUUAAAACACAGUUUCGCAUUAUAGUCAUGUUAUCAGUCAUCUACUAUAAUUGGUGCCAUGCUUGCACCAUGAAAUAGUGCUUCUACUUCUAUACACAAAACACAUAUUAAAAUCGAAAUGAUAUUUAGCAGAACUAUGUGUUAACAUAUCCCAACAGUAUGAAUUGGUCAAACACUGUGUGUAUAAUUCACUUUGGCAGCAUCCUAGUGAAUUUAUUCUGCGUGCUAAUUAACAUUGUUUUGUUUUGAUAUGUUAAAACAUGGCUCUGUUAUAUAAUAUUUCUUGAUAACAGUUCAUGGUAUUACUAACAUAAAGUAACUUUUAAGAGAUUUUUAAUUGAACAUUAAGUCAUUAAUCCAAUAUUUGUUUAAGCUUUUUGCUUAAAUGUGUAGGCAGAAGAAUUUUCUAGGAUGUUAUUUUUUUCUCUCAACAAUGUAAAAAUUUUAAUGUUUUCAUAAUUAUGAUGUAUUUAUUUUCUUCUUUGCUGUAUGUGGAGGGACUUGUGAAUUGGUUUAAAAGGUAUGUUAUGUACAUGAUGCAAAUAAAUAUGAAUGUUAAUUUUAUCAUUGUGCAUGUAAUGUAUAUAAGUACUUCUCCUUUUUUGCAUAUACAUGUAUCUGGCUUAGAAAAAUAGUAAACUAAGAAAUGUCAGUCCGUCCGAUUGAUAACUGUAGAUUGUGUAUGUGCAGGAACUUCAAAUUUGGUAGGCAGGAUGGUCCUGACCGGCAGAUGACCGCUAUUGAUUUUGGAAUUUUUUGCUCAAAGGUCAAGAUCAUGGUGACCUUGAGCUGAAAAUCGGUUUUCAAUCAAUAACUAAAGAACAUGUUGGCCUAUAAUCUCUAAACUUCAUAUGUUGUUGUCUGUGGCCAGUAGAUGACCCAUAUGGUUUUGGGGUCUGUAGGUUAGAGGUCAAAGUCACAGUGACUUUGAAACUGAAAAUGUUUUCUGCACAAAUACAAAAGAACAAAUUGGCCUAGUCAUCAAAUUUCAUAAGAUGUUUGCCUUUAGUUAAUAGACUAGUCCAGUUGUUUAGGGAGUCAGUAGGUCAAAGGUCAAGGUCACAAUAACUUGAAAACUGAAAACAGUUUCAACCACUAAACACUAAAGAAGGCAUUGGCCUGCAGUUGGUAUUCUUAAUAGGAAGAUAGGAAGUGGUUAGCAGAUGGUUCCUAUUGUUUUUUGGGGGUAAGUAGGUCAAAGGUUAAGGUCACUGUGACCUCAAGACUGAAGAUAGUUUCUGCUUAUUAAAUGAAGAACCAUAUAGCCUAAUGCCUUCAAACUUAAUAGGAUGAUUGCCUGUGAUCAGAGGAUGACCCUUAUUAUGUUGAGUUCAGUAGGUCAAAGGGCAAAGUCAUACUGACCUCAGGGUUGAAAAUGGGAGAGGCCAUCAUGGCGGUGGGGUGCAUUCUUGUUUUGCAUACAGGUUUUGUUUAAUUUCAUUUUGUUAUGUUGUCUUGGUAAAAGUUUUUUAAUGUGUUUUUCUCAUUUUUUGUCUUCUUCUGUUACACUGUGCUAUGUACUUGAAAUUGUUUUGAUACGAAGUAUCUUAAUAAAUAUAAAGUAGUAAUUUGGUAAAAUGAAAAUAAAAUUGUCAUAAAAAGUU